UAUGAAAGGGAAGUGAGCACGACAAAUGUGAACAUAAUCCAUUUUCAUUGACAUCAUGAUAUAAAUAGGAUAAAUAUAUUUUUAUACUAGUAACAUCAAACGUCUAAUUGGAUUACAAUGGCGGCUAUGUCCCCGUCUGAGCGGAGAUUACAAAAAGAACUGAUGUCCCUGAUGAAAGAACCGCCACCAGGAGUCACCGUAGACGGAGAUCAGGCCAGCCAAAAUCUAACACUGUGGACAGUUCACAUGGAAGGUGUUCCCGGCACAUUAUAUGAAGGCGAAAAAUUUGUAUUGCAAUUUAAAUUCACAAACAAGUACCCGUUUGACUCUCCCGAAGUGACGUUCAUAGGCAAUAACAUACCGAUCCACCCGCACGUGUACUCCAACGGGCACAUCUGCCUGUCCAUACUGACGGACGACUGGUCGCCUGCGCUGUCCGUGCAGUCCGUCUGUCUGUCCAUCGUGUCCAUGCUCAGUAGCUGUAAGGAGAAGAAACGACCACCGGAUAACUCAUUUUACGUAAAAACCUGCAACAAAAAUCCUAAGAAAACGAAAUGGUGGUAUCAUGAUGACUCCGUCUAACAAAACAUCGCGUCGCUGUAUCGAGCACGGACGAUAAAUCUCAGUAUGUGUUAAGUGUUAUAACUAUACGGUAUGUUAUUGUAAACUGUUAUGUACAUACGACGCGACGCGCGGGAACACGCGGGCUGCGGCGCCCGCCCGCUCCCGCAACACGGCUGCUGAUGUCGGCGACGAUAAAUUCACCAGUAUGAAGAUGCUGCCACGUAUUGAACAUGUGGGUAAAUACUACAACCCAACUGAAAUCGGCUUCACGUGUGCUGUCUACGAUGUGCGUCCAAUUAGUUAUAACAUCUACCCGAAUAAGUUACAACUUGUUUGCGUCCAACUAAUUGUUGUCCUGUGUCGUCGUACUUGCAAACUAUUGUAACAUUCACUAUGCGGUUUGCCCAGAUUGUUCAAUAAUGCAGCUGUGUACUAAAAUUUAUAGUUAGUGGAAAAUCGCUGCUCUCAAUACCCUACACUAUGGAGAUACACAUGCAUUGGAAAUAAUUAUGUGCCUAAAAAUACCUUCACAUUUAUGUUCAUGCCCAAUGACGUGAAUUCCUCUUGGGUUGAGACAGAGUUCGAAGCUAAGCUAUAAAUACUAUCAUACAAUGGAGGGGAUUUGUCAGUGCUAAAUUAAAGAUAUACUUGUAAGUAGAGUAAUAGGGUAUGAACUAAUAAUGUACCGCAUAUUGGUCUUGUUCGCGCAUCAGUCAUCCUUUGUUUAGUUGUAUAUAAUUUUUAAUUUUUAUUAUUGUGAUUUUACCAAGCAAUUGCAAUUUACUCAUGCUAUGUCAACAUUUACUCUCAGCUUCAAGUGUACUCUACAUUUUACAACUGUAUGUCACAUGAGGCUUGAAGCAUUUUAUUCGAAAUGUAACAAAAAUCAAUCUAUUCAAAACCAUUAUGAAGUUUAUUUCAACUUGUGAUUCUGCAUUAAUGCUUUGGGAAUUUUAGUCAACGCUUAAUGUCUGUUCAUAUUAGUUCAUUACGUAGCCAGUCGUAAUUAUUUUCAUAGGAUAUUUUGUGAGCAUAAUGAAAUGCAAUAACUUCAAUAAUUUCUGUUUUUAUAUUUGUAGGUAAAUAUUCUACGUGAUGAUGAAUGUAAUUUUGUAUGAAAUUUUAUUUACGUAUGUCAAUAAGGGAUUCAUUGAAUCAUAGACUAAUAUUAUAUAUGCAACAUAGUUAUACUCGCUGUGAAUAUUUGUUCAUACACCAUCCGCCGCCGGAACUGCGGACUUCAUAUUGAACCUCUUCGCAAUGCAUCCAAAUACUAGUCUACUACAAAGUAUUGUCAAGUGAUUUAGACCAAACAAAUUACAGAAACAUAAUGGUCUCUGACAAGACGUUUUAUAUAAUAAUAUUCCCCUUUAAUUUUGCAAUAUACCGGUGCUAUGUGGAGAUCGUUAUAAAUUCACUUUUGUCAAAGUUUUGUCAUGUUUUAUGAUUGCAAACUUUCACAUUAGGCUAGCAACACAUUCCUGUAUUAUUAGAUAACAAAUUGCUGGGUGAUGUGUACCUUAUGAUUUACGGAAAUGCAUUAAUUGUGUAUUAAUGAAACAACCUGCUUAAUUUAUUGAAAUAAAAAUAUAGUUAAACAUG